UGAUGGUCGCCAUAUUGGUUUUGUGUGUAAGCAUCAUAGAAAAGAUAGUUGAUAAAAUGUUGUUUUAUGACAUAAAACAAUGAAAAACUUACAUAUUAAAUACAUUGGUAAGCAAAAGAAGAGUUAAAAAUAAAUAUCAGCGAGGUUUUUACACACAUAGGUAAUCUUAGGCUCGAGUACCGUCAGCAAGUGCAUGGCAACAGUUGUGUAUAAGAGAAAGAUUUGGUGACGAAAAGAACAGUGUUGAACAACAUUUCAGGAAUUGCAUGUUGCCCUGUUCAUAGCACAGUUUUUUGGGAGAGGAAGAAAUGAACAUGGGUCAAAAAGUCUCAGGUGGAAUCAAGACCGUGACCUCACGGGACCCUAGCCACUGUAAAGGAAUCAACCGUGAGAUUGCGUAUAAUCCAGACUAUCAGAAACCAGCGCGUCUUGAUAUGUUACUAGACAUGCCCCCGGUAUCCAAAGAAACACAAUCAGAACAUGGCUGGAAUGCAGACGACAGAUCAUUGAACAUUUUCGUGAAAGAUGACGACAAAAUGACUUUCCAUCGACAUCCAGUAGCUCAAAGUACCGACUGUAUACGAGGGAAGGUAGGUUACUCACGGGGCCUGCACGUCUGGGAAAUCAGUUGGAGCACUAGACAGCGGGGAACACACGCCGUGGUAGGCGUGGCAACAAUAGACGCUCCUUUACACUGUGUGGGUUAUCAGUCUCUAGUCGGAAGCAACAGUGAUUCAUGGGGAUGGGAUUUGGGGCGAAACAAACUCUAUCAUGACGUGAAAAAUUUUCCGGGUGUCACUUACCCGACACUAGUGAACUCUGACGAGAAUUUUGUGGUUCCAGAUAGUUUUUUAACAGUGCUGGAUAUGGAUGAAGGGACCUUGAGUUUUGUGGUGGACGGACAGUACCUCGGGGUGGCAUUUAGGGGCUUGAAAGGGAAGAAACUGUACCCAAUCGUGAGUGCCGUGUGGGGACACUGUGAAAUCACAAUGCGCUACAUCGGUGGAUUAGAUCCCGAGCCUCUGCCACUGACAGACAUCUGCCGCAGAGUUAUACGACAAAACCUAGGAAAGAAUCGUCUUCAAGAAAUUCAUCGGCUGCCCCUUCCAACCUCCGUCAAAAACUAUUUGUUGUAUCAGUCCUAGUGCGGUCCUGUCCACCUCAAUGCACUGCCCCUGGGGUUCAUCAUAUCCCUGGAUCGUGUUCAUCUAGAGACGGGGGCAUGUCUUGGCAUCGCCUGUUGUUUUACAUUCGCUUCAUUUGUCAUUGAGUCAUCAUCAUUUUUUUGUCCUUUCCCAUUUUCUGGGCAUUGUUAUUUAUACAGUGAUGGGGCUUGGGACUCAUUGGUUUAGUUAGGUUGAAAACACAGGGUGAUCUUUAAUAAUUAAUCUGCAACUUUUAGCUUCCCUUUGGCACCUUCUAAGCCCUGUUUUUAAAAUAUAAGACAUCAACUUCAUACAUGAUUAGUGAGAAUAAUUUAUUAAUUAUCUGACAUUAAAAUUAAGUUAAACUUAAACGCCGUUUCUUGAAUUAAACUC